AUGGCCAAUCGACCUAGACAAAACGGGGCCGCAUUGAGAAUUACGGCAUGCAGAUAUCCAUACGGGUUAUUUUUUAUCUACAGUCCUGCUCGAAAAUGGAUUGCACCUUUCGACUGGUCCAAGAGCUCUAACAAAAAGAAAAAUAUCAUGGAGACUACGGCAUCCAGGAAUUAUAUAGCUGAAAAAUAUGUGAAACUCGAUCAAGGCGGACGAAUGAUUGCGGGAUAUGUCUGGAUUGAUGCAUUCGGCGAGACGCGUUCAAAAUCGAGAACUCUCAGAGAAGGAGUCAACACACCCGAUAGUCUUCCAAUUUGGAAUUUUGAUGGUUCUUCAACUAAGCAAGCUCCAAUCAACAACACCGACGUACCACUGCGCCCCUGUGCUGUAUUCCCUGAUACUAUCCGCCUACCAUCAAGCAUCAUUGUUUUGGCAGAAUAUUGGAAUGCCGAUGGAACACCUAACAAGUUCAAUUUUCGUCACGGCUGCGCCAAGGUAAUGGGCACAUAUGCAGAGCACGAGCCAUGGUUCGGACUUGAGCAAGAAAUCACUCUCAUUGGCAAUAAUAGGCGACCUUUCUGGUGGCCAGUUGGAGGGUUUCCGGCACCGCAGAUCCGUAUCGCGUAA